AUGAUUCCUCAGUUACGCUUGGUAGUAAAGAGCCUACUUAUCUCGGCUGCUUGUGCUCAGGCACUCGACGCAGCCAAUGUGACCAAGCGUAAACCCAAGUGCGGUGGCUUCAGGCCUAGCCAGGAGCUUCCGGUUCUCGAUAUCACUGGGGACACAGCAACUAUUGUUGGCCACACGCCAAAUUUUACCGACCACUCGCUGAAUGUUGCCAGUUACUCGCCAAAUAUUACCAGCGAGACAGAUGAUGUUACCAGCCAAACGAAUAAUAUUACUAAUGAGACGGAUAACAUUACCAACCAGACGAUUAAUAUUGUAAAUAAUAUCAUGCAGUGCGGUGUCUCAAGUCUCAGCAGUCAGGAACCCGCAGAAAUAAGUGAGACCAUACCGUUGGGGCACAAUAUCACAAAGCGUCAAAGCGUUCGGCGUCAUUCUAUUCCGACCUAUAUAACCGUUGUGGCCAAAGACUACACCCAAGCGGGCGGCUAUCUUACUGACAAUCAAAUCGAACGUAAAAUAAAUGAAAUGAGAAAGUACUGGUCCUUUGCUUUCAAAUUCGAUACCUCAGUUGAUCAAAUCUAUCGCUAUGUGCGUCCGGACCUUUUUGAUGCCGACACGGGUUUCCUAAGAGAGUCUUGGGCUGAGACAAUGGUGAGGUUCCGUCGAGGUCCGAUCGACUACACUUCGCUUAACAUUGUCUUUGUCUAUCGCUAUCAAGACAGUCAUAAGUUCUGGGGGAAUCCGGAAAACAAUCAACAAUGGGGGUACAGCAUGCAAGGCACUCUUGGGACUUCUUCUAUUGCUUCAGAAAACAUCGCGCAUUAUGACAAUUGGAAAGAAUUGGCAACAAAAGACGGCAUAGUCAUUAGCUCUGGCACUAUUGCGGAAGUGGCUCAUAAAAGAGCUGAGAAUGUUGAGAAUACAUUGCCCCAUGAGUUUGGCCACUGGCUUGGACUACGUCACACGGACAGCGAGGUCCAAGUUCCCGACAAUUAUGUUGGAUUGAGACCAAAUCCCACGGAGGCAAACUGCGAACGGGUUAACGACAAAAUUAGUGAUACCCCACCUCAUGUCCUCAAUGCGUAUGCUCAGGAAGUCUGGGGCCGAUGCCUCCGCCGAGAACCAAUAGACCCAGUCUAUACUUGCCUUCAUCUCAAAGAUUGGAGGGAGCGACUCGUCCCUGAUCCUAUCUUUAACCUUAUGGUUUCAAUCUCUGGGUGA